AUGCAGCCUGCUACCCCUAAUCACACCAUCCAUAACAAUCAUUACUUCCUUUAUCAGAAUUUCAGUGUCAAUGUUCUCCAUUUCAACAACAUCCCGCAAUCUCAUCACCAGCCCGAGUGUAACCAGAUGAAUCAGCUGACCUAUCGUCAGGCCAUUUACGCGUUCAUUCUCACAGUCUCGCUUAACUUGGUCCAGAUUAAGUAUCAAUCCCUAGCUGAAUCCCCUUUUGAAACACACCCAAAAACCAUGUUUUUGGCCGUUGCCAGUUUGCUACUCUACUAUUGCUUGUCACAACAACCCAAUCUAAACACAAUCCCUCUUUACGCUAUUUCGGCGGCAUACUGGGAUUACUUUAGUAGGCUCGGACUGGGAUUUUGUGGACCAUUAUCUUUGGCAUCUGUUACAUCUCUCCUUUUGCCUGAAUCUCUUUGCCCACUUGUAUUUUCCCUUGCACUUUUGUUUGCCUUGUCCCAGCUGAUACCCCAUUUUCUUGUUGAAACAAUAUGGGAUAUGCUGAUAAAAACAGCCAUUUAUAUAGUGCACAAGUUCUGGGGUCAACGACCACCUGAUCAAGUUCUAGGAAGAACAGGGAGAGGAAUCCAUGUCCAACUGCCCAAUUGGCUUCCACAGCAAGUAGAAAUUGAAAUACAUCCUCACUAG